AUGAACAAAAGAAAGGUCGAGCUCAUGUCCGACGCUGUGGAUACACACGAGAUCUCUGUUCUCCACGAGCUUCAUGGGGAAGGUGAACCUAUAGGCUCGGAGACUCACCUCUCCGAGACCCAAGAACCACGCCGGAAGAAGAAGAAGACCAAGAAGAAGAAGAGAUUCUCUGAAGCCACUCAAACUUGCGAGAAUAGCCAACUUGGUCUUGCCCAGAUCAUGCAGAUCCAGCAGCCGAACCAGAGCAACUCUCUCACCGAUGUGGAGUUCUCGCCGGACAUAUUCCAUCGUCUCACGACCAUCACCCCCCUCAAUGGACCUCAUGCAAAUCCCAACCGGCGAAUCCCUCCAGCGCCAAUCCCCUUCAAACACAACGACUACCUGUGCAACCUGUCGAUCUCGGAAGCAGAUAUCAUUGCGAUGGAACUCUUUCAGGGAAUGUACCGGCUCGAGAUCAGCGAACUUCCCCACCAAGAAUGUCGGAUGACGCUCAUCUGGGACUACGACCGUGUCUGGGGCUGCUUCGACAUUGGCGUGUGGAAGGGCCUAAUGCUCAUCGACCCUGGGCCGCGAGAUAACACCACGACCUCGUACUCCUUCGCGUGGCGAGGCGUCUGCAAGAAAGAGGCCGAGGUCGCGUACGACAACGAGGGUAUCACAAUCGGAGAAAUCACCCUGGGUGGGAAGGGUCCUGUGUCCGGCUGCUUUAGGGGAAUGGCUGUCGCGGAUUUCCCCGACGACAAGUGCGUCUUCAAGGCCGUGCGGGAGGUCGGACCGCCCAUGAUUCCGUGGCCUGUUGAGACCUUCAUCGCGGACUGGAAUUAUCUUCAGCAUGAUACAGCAAAGGAGCCCGAGUCGCAGCGCCUGGUUCUACUUGCGCUUUCUCCUGAGCCGGAGUCCCAGGUUGUGAAUGACGAGGCCAUGCGGAUGGACUGCGAACAGGAUUUGGAGGAUCCAGACCAAGAACAGGAUGAGGUCACUACGGAAGUGUAUCCUUCCUCUCCUGUCCGUAAACCAGCCGAGACUCCACACACUUCCCCGCCGCCCGAGGAACCGACCCAGCAAUCUCAACCGGCUGCCAGCACCAUCGGUCGACUCCACGCAACCUCCUUCACCAUGCAGCGCUCCUGGGCCCGCCACGACCAGGACAAGUUCCUCGAGGUCGUCUGCGGCAGCUACGAGAUCUCCAGUCCCACUAUGAAACACAACUGGUCGCGCAAAGCCAGCAGACUCAGGAUGCGCCUUCUGGUCGAUCGCAAGGAAAGCUGCGUGUGGGGCAUGUUCGCCAUGGGCGUCUACCGCGGCAUCAUGCUCUUCCAGGAGUCGCCUAUCCGCUUCCAAAAGGACAAGCGGCUGAAGUUCUGCUGGCGGGGUAGAGAGACUGAUGGUCGCGACUGCGCGGAGAAGUUGGGGUACCUUCUCUUUGCGGACGAUAUGAGUAUUCAGGGCUGUUUUUACGAUAUGUAUGGCGAUGUGCCGUUUGCCGGAAGACGGAGGACACGUCCAGCUGUUGAAUCGCGGUUUGAUGAGGCGUUCUUCAAGCAGCAGUGGUGGGAGCAUGAACCGGUUCCGCCGACUCUGCUUCGACAUGUUCAGGCUCAGGCUCAGGCUGAGACUCAAAACUGA